CGGUCUCUGGCGCUGUGAGGCGGCGGCAACAGCCACAGGUCCGCCCGCAGCCGCCGGGCCGAAGGGGGAUGCGGGCCGCGCGUUGCCCCGGGAUGUGCCCGGAGAGGGAGCGCUGUGAGCGGCAGGGCCAGGCGCGGCUACACCGGCUGGAGGUCGCUACCGGCGCCGCGGUCAAGGAGUGGCGGCGGCCGGCGGCGGGCAGCGAGGCGGCGGCUCCAGACCAGCUGAGGCCGCCAGACGUGUUGCUGCGGACCGUGCGGCACCUGGUGGCGAGGGUGGUGCCGCGGGCCGAGCCCCGGGCUGGAGUCGGGGCCGAGCCCGGGGAUGAGGUCGGGGCCUGGGCUGGAGUCGGGACCGAGCCCGGGGAUGAGGUCGGGGCCUGGACUGGAGCCGAGCCCCGGGCUGGAGUCGGGGCCGAGCCCGGGGAUGAGGUCGGGGCCUGGGCUGGAGCCGGGGCCGAGCCCGGGGAUGAGGUCGGGGCCGAGCCCGGGGAUGAGGUCGGGGCCGAGCCCGAGGAUGAGGUCGGGGCCGAGCCCGAGGCUGGAGUCGGGGCCGAGCCCGGGGAUGAGGUCGGGGCCUGGACUGGAGUCAGGGACGAGCCCGGGGAUGAGGUCGGGGCCUGGGUCAAGGCCGCAGCCGAGCCGGGGGCUGGAGUUCUGCCCGAGCCCUGGCCCCUUGUCCACGAGUUCGUGAUGGACCGGCUGCGCAGCGUCCGCCAGGACAUGGUGUCCCAGCGCCUCGGGGGCCGCCCGGCCGCCACCAUCCUGGAGCACAGCCUCCGCUUCCUGCUCUGCGGGCAACUCUGGCUCGGACGCCCGCCGCCCUCACCCCGUCCCCGGCACAGCCAGCCCGGCUCCGUCGAGGCCCAGGUCCGCGAGUGCUUCAGCCGCCUGCUGGCCGCCUACAGCCAGGGCCGGGACGUGUACGAGAACCAGGCCGAGUUCCAGGCCCUGGCGCUGCUCUACGACCUGGGUUCGGAUCAAGCCCUCCAUCACGCCUUGCAGCUGCCCUCCCACAUCAAAGACUCGCCGGAGAUGCAGACGGCACUGGGCAUUAACCGUGCGCUGACAGAGGGCAACUACGUGCGCUGCCUGCGUGCGGUGCGCAGCCUGCCCUUCGUGGAGAGCUGCGCGGUGUACCGGCACAUCGCCACCCUGCGGCACAGGCUCCUCCGCGCCUUCAGCCACGGUUACAGCUGCUGCAACUGCCGCUUCCCGCUGCAGGCCCUGGCAGAGAUCCUGGCCGUGGACACCGGGGACACAGCGGCCGACCUCUGCCGGCGGCAUGGGCAGCAGGUGAACGGGGACUCGGUGUGUUUCCAGAAGAGCAGUUACGUGGAGCCCGACCCCGACAUCCAGCCCGCACCGGAAUUGCUGGAACUGGUGACGAUAAAACAGAGAGGCAGGACGAGGUCAAGCAUCAUCCAGGGGUGCAAGAUGCCAUCAAUCGACCGCUGAACGGGCUCUCCUCACCUACUGCCCUAAACACCAUCCAGAUAGCCCCGAGACUGGAGAGGUCAAUUUAAAUGGCUCUCCCCAUAAUUUUUGAUUUCUCAGUACUUUCUUCUCUUUGUACAAAAAUUGUUUUGUUAAAAAUAUUUUAAGGUAAA